CAACAGGUGGCAGACCCGCCAAGAAUUUUUAACUUUCUAACCAAGGAUUUACUUGCUCCCGACGAUGUUAAGUUUAGUAGACAAAAUGCCUUGAAAUUACCAUGUGGUGCUAGUGGGAAUAACUUGCAAUGGACCUGGAAGCACAAUUGCACGGCAAUUGCCAUAAAUGAUUAUAAGUUCACCGUUGGUGCCGAUGGAACAUUAUACGGAAGUUACCUUGAGGGUGCACAGAGUGGACACUAUCAGUGUUUUGUCAGGGACACUGUAACUGGAAUGGAGGAAUUCAGCAGGAAGAUACAGGUUGCUGUUACGGGUAAGGAGCCAUUUCAGUAUGAUUGGCAUAAGCAGUUGAACAGAUCUGAACAAAAAAUCAAUAAAACCCAAGGCGGUGCUUUUGAUGCAGGGCUUGAAAAAAUUGAAAUUGAAUUCCAGCUUAUCCUUUGGGCAAGCAGCUCUCACAUUUUGCUUGCCCAGGGCCGCUUCUUGCUUGUCUAAAGUUAAUAAUUUUGUUAGAGGAUGAUUUGUAUAAACCUUGCCUAUUGGGGAAGUCAGGUUUAAAAUUUACUUGCCCAGCAAGAAUAUCCCUACUGUGGACAUACAGUUCAAGAGAAAUGAUCGACGAGCCAUAUCACCGACAGGACAACUGGUAAUCAUGUAUGUUACCCAGGAAGACUUUGAUGAUUUUGCAGAGUAUGACAGCCAAGGAAUCAGAUGUUUUAUGACUGGAGCAAACAGAUUUGAGAGGUCUGGUCUUUUGAAAUUAAAGAAGAAAAAUCCAGGUAAAUUCUUUGUUUUCGACGAAAGGAAAUCUCAAGGACUAGGAAGAAGAACUCCCAUCCCAUUUAUUUAACUGCAUUACAAUUUGCAUGCAACAUUUUGGAAGUUUCCCUCUGACCUGGUGUCCAUCUUAUAAUAUUGGUGUUAAUCACGAAAUUUGGUCUAUUCUCUGUUUUCACUGUCACACCGUCAAAAAAUGAAAAUUGAAACUAUUCAAUACAGAAGGUCUAGAAUCUUGGAGAUAAAAGAUAAUAAAUACAAGUAUGAAAAAAGCCUCGCCAAGAGUCAGGUCUGUGCAAUAUUUCAUGAUGCAGCAUACUCUGUACACAGAAAAAUUUUUUGUCCAAAGUUUAAAGCUUUACAUGGAGAUGCCAUGUUGGUAUCCCUUUGAGGGGCACAAAAAUUAAUAGGACUUUUCUACAAAAGCAAUAAUUCAUUGCUUGAGGAACUCAAACACGUGAAAGUCAUAUUUAUUUUCUGACAAGGAAUGUUUAGUAGGAAAAUCUCAAAAAUUUGAUGAUGUUUUUAGCCUAUGUAGUACAGUCCAGACAUAACUACUGUAAUCGAUGAUGAAUUACAUUAAUGAGUAAUUGAUGAGUAAUCGUUGGAAAAUCAACUGAUAAGUCUUUGAUUAUUCACUAUAAUCAAUGGCUAAUCGAUGACUAAUCGAUGGCCAAACAUUUUGUGGCCUAUCAGUUGCUCAUUGAUGUCAUUGAUAAGUAAUUGAUGCGUUCGAUUACUCAUGCGUUCUUUGAUGAUAAUCCAUCGAUUCGUUAUUCAGAUUACACAUCUCAUAAAAUUUCUAGCAAUUUUUUUCUUGAGUUAUUUCCAGUGAUAAAAAUUUACGUUAAUGGUUGUUGACGAUAAUAAUAGCCAAAAUAGGAACUGAACUUGUAUAAACGUAUAUAGGCCAUGAUGAAAACAGAACGGCAAGUCAAAUUUAUUUUUAUAAAAUAACUAACCUAAAGAUAGAACGCGCGCUCUGAUUGGCCGAGAGGCGUGUUUGCAUGAGAGUAUGUAGACAUGGUUGUGACGUCACGAUGCUUUGCUUUUCGCUCGCUAACACGCAAGCACGAAUUUGAAAAAGGUUUUGAGUUGGAAACCUCGAAAAGUUUAGAUUAUUUACCCAUUUCCUCGCCGGCUGAAACUUGGAAAAUCUUUAGAAACAUGCUGUGUCAAUUUUUGUUCGCUUGAGCUGACAGUUUAAGCGAGAAAAACCCGUAUUUUGGAAAGCUGCUUUUUUGCAAAACAAGGACUGAUUACGCGUACAAGCUUCGUGUACAAGACUUCGCGACUGGUAAGAAUUUGUCUCUUAAUCAGUGCUCUAAGCAAGAGAGUUUUGCUUUUCUUCUCGGGAAAGUUAUUUUAUAAAAGCAAUAGAAAACUUUUUUGCUGUGUUUGCAUAUCCUGAUAUAAACAAUCGAGGGGUUGUUAGAAUUCUCGACAGUUAUAUAAACCCUCGACUUCGUCUCGGGUUUGCAUAACUGUCUUGAAUUCUCCCAACCCCUCUCGUGUUUAUAUCAGGCUAUGCAUACACGGAAAACAUUUUCUAUUGCUUAAAUCGAACAGUACCUGAAAUAUCAAAAACGAAAUGUUCAGAAGGUCGAGUUAUCUGUCUUAGUCUCUUGGCUAUAAGAGUCUGUCUUUGUUUAGAAACAGCCAGUAUAGAGUGCCUACCGGGUAAAAGAUUUCUGCGUCUAAGGUGGUUGUUUCAAUUUAUCCAGAUUUAUAGAAACUAAAAGGGGUUCUUGAAAGUGGUUCAAGAUCGAGUAGCCUUGAAUUAACAAUCGCCAAGGUCUGGCUCAACAAUAAGCGCCAGCGAGUUCCUGACAGCAGAGAUGCCAACCUCUGGGGAUCUUAAUCUGGAGACCUAAUCUUUUUCACUACCCCCACCCCCAAAUAUCGAUGGACUCCCCCCCCCAACAAACUGACCCAGCCCUCAAUGGGAGUGGCUUAGGAUAUUAUAUGAAAUCUUACAUGAAGUACAUACCAUCAAAAUUCACUAUCAUCGUUUUGAUGCCGAAAUAGUCUUUGUCAGUGACUAAAUACGUGCAAAAAUGUGCCAUAAACCGUACUACGAAAAAGAAAAAUUCAAAUUUUGCGGAAAAAAUGGGCUACAUCUCAAACUAAAGCACAGAAAAGAUCAAAAGAUGAUUUUAUCUGAGGGACUGGGUUACCCGUACUGGAGAACAGAAGAUCGGUGCCGUAUCCGGGAGAGUUGGCAUGUGUGCACUGUACUGAAGAUACUUCAGGGCCUUCAGAUGCUGCUGUUGUUGAAUAACACGAAUAAAUAAAGCUUGUAUUCGUCGUGACAUUUAUGUGAAAGAAGGCUUUAUUUCUUUAUUUGCGAUUUGGUAUGGUUUGAGCACCCGCAAGAUUAUACCGAUAACUAAGCAAUGACUAAUUGAUGACUGAAAAUUUUGUGGCCUAUCAAUUAUUCAUCGAUUAGUCAUUGAAUACUGGAUAUAAUCAAUGACUAAUCAACUGAUUACCCAUCGAUUACCUAUUGAUGAUUACUUAUUAAUUUCAUUGAUGUCAUUGAUUAGUCACGUCUGGCACAGUGUGCAUUAGAGCUUUCCCGGUAGAUAUCUAAGUGCAAUCUCACUCAAAAGCUUGGAAAUUCAAGCAUCCUUUAUCAAUCACCAAACAAAGGUUAACCCUUUCAAACGAAAAAUUUGUAUAAAUGAAGGUGUUCAGCUGCUGUAAUACAUGUACCUCAUGGAAUUAAACACUCAUCAGAGUCAAAUUUUGAAUUUUGGUGACAUGAGAAAACCGAGAAUUGAGGUUCUCAUAAUGUUUCUUAAUUUAUUAAGAAAAAAAGCUUUUGCUGCUGGAAGAAUUGUUUACGGGAACCUUUUUAGGCUUAACUUGGAAAAAAGAAGGUUCUUUAAGUAUAUUAUUAUUAUUAUUAUUAUUAUUUGAAUUUAUUCCAUUUUCUACUGAAAAAGUCUCUGAAAAGCGAGGGAAAGAGAGGAGUCAGAACUACGUUUAGCAUAAGCAAGGGUAAAUGUUUUACAGAGUUAAUUGUGUAUUUUGUCUUAGGUCAAACAGAUCCACAGACACCAAGAGCGCCUGCAUUGAGACUCGUACCUGCUGUCGUAGAAACGGCUGUGGAGGGAAGAAAUAAAACUCUGUAUUGUCUUGCAGUGGGAAGGUUAGCGCUUAAAAUUAUUUCAGAUGAACUGAUACUGAAUUCUUUUCAUUAAUUAGUCAAUAUAAGAGACAGUACUAAAUAUUGGAUGGGUUUGUUUUCAGAAAAAAUAGGGAACCAAUUUUUUGGGGGGUUAAACCGGGAGGCUCUCAAUGCAAAUACAUUCCUUAAACAGCCAACUUCUUCUUACACCCAUUCAUUAAGAUUUGAUAUCUAGUCAUUAUCUUGUUACUUACAGACCUGUGCCAACGAUAACUUGGAAAAUAAGCAGAGGUGGAAACUGGCAGAACCUUGUAGAUGGACAAGAUAAUUUUGAGAUUGCUAGUGCUUUUCAAGGAAGACUGCUUAAAAUUAUAUCCGUGAAACAGAAGAUGCAUCAGACCACGUACCGUUGUGAGGCUGAGAAUCCUCAAAGUGGUGGAAAACCUUUGGUUCAUCAUAUACAGCUGAACGUGGAAUGUAAAUGACCUUAGGUCCAUCUUUAAUGAUCGAAUUAAGUCUUUAAUGUUACUGUCACACUAAACCGCCCCCUGGUUAGCGUAGUUGGGUGAGUGCUGGUCUGAGUGGUAGGUCACCGGUUCGAACCCUGGCUGGACCAACAGUCAGGGCGCCUUUAAAUGACUGAGAACAGGGCAGGAAACUUUCUUGUACAUGUCAAUUUUCUCGUCCGGACUACAAAACUACUUUUCCCAAAAAAACGGCAACAGCAAUUCUGGGUUAUAAAAAAUCUCUUUUUUUAUCAACCAUGUCCCAGUUUAGUGAGAAGCUAAAUAGCCAAUAAAAACCUAUAACUUAAGAAAUUGAAUUAAAGUAUGUAAUAAACGUUUGAUACAUCUGUUUACUUUGGAUGUUUAUCGUUUUCUGGGAUACCAGAACCCAUAUUUUCCAGUCGGACCCGAAUAAUAACUCGGACUCGACUGCUUUAUUCGGACACGAACUUAAAUCGGGUCCGAUCUAUCUCAGGUGGGAUCUCAAAGAAAUCGGGCUCGAUUUAAAGUAAUCAGGUCCGAAUUGUUUUGAUCAGGCCCGAUUGAGAAUUGGACCCAACUUGUCGGCGCAAUUCGGAUCCGAUUUAAGUUCGUGUCCGAAUAAAGCAGGUCGAGUCCGAGUUAUUAUUCGGGUCCGACUGGAAAAUAUGGGACCCGGUAUCCCAGAAAACGAUAAACAUCCUUUACGUUUAUGUGUCAUCUUUUUCUUUUUGGAAGGAACAUCCUCAUCAGUACUGUUAUUCUUAAGUGCUUCCGGUGAUCUUUUCCAAAAAUUAAGAAAUAGCCGAUACGCUCCACUAACUGCUUUAGCAAACAAGCGAUUCGGGUCACUGAUCGUUGCUGACAAGCAGGUGUGAUUGAUGCAUGCAAUUAUGCCGCACAGUGGGGAUCGCAAGUUUCCUGCCCUGGAAGAGAAAGUUCUGCCUUUGCAAAGACUUCUGCAAACAGUUAGACUUUCUAGUCUCCUCGGCUAAGGAUUUAGGUUUCCUUCUCAAAAUUUUGCUUCCCUUCAGAGUUCGAGUUACAGGGGUUCUAUUGUACUUAACACAAGCUAGGUCACAGUCUUGAAAAGUGCUUGAAUUCCAUUUUUCCUUAAAUUUCUGGGCAAUCCUUGAAAAGUCAUUGAAUUAUUCUCAAAUUUGAAUUUAAUGGCCUGGAAAGUGUUUUUUCAUGAUUUUUGGUUGUCUAACAGAGACUAUAAAUCGUACGUGUAACUCAGAGAAUUUAAAGGUUAUUUACAUAAAGUGCUGUUUGUUUUUGUGAACUGGAAAAAUGUAGAGAAGUUGGUGAAGCAAACAGUUCAAGCCUUAGAGUCGUGUUGGAAUAGACUGGGAAUGUGCAUUUUUCUACAGUCUGUGAAAGUAUAUCCCUGAAUGUGGACCUUAAAAAGUCCCUUUAAAGUCCUUGAAAAAUGGUUGCAAUGUUUUGUAUGAAACCUGAAACUUGUAGACAUUUUUAUUUUGACUGGGGCAUAAUUAUUUUAAAGACAGUUGGUGAUGAUACAAUGUAACUGACUAUUUGAUUGAUUCUCUUUGCAGUUGCUCCAAAGUUUACAGUAUGGCCUCCUCAACAAGUUGAAAUUGAUGUUCAUGGCAAUGUCACCUUAACAUGGGAUGUAUUUGCGGACCCUUCGCCAUCUUUUAAGUGGUACAAGAAUGGGAAACAACUCGCAACAUCAACGUAAGUUUUGUAAUAAUUGUUUCUCUUAGUACACGCUCUGUGAAUUGGUAAAUGUAAAGGCCACAUCCUGUUUAUUAUCACACGUUGUUGUGAGUGCUAACUUUUGAUUUUUUCUAGAUUUCAUUUUAAGAGUCAGGGAAAAAUUUAGUGCUCUCGAGAAUUAUUUUAAUGCAUAA